CUGACUUCAGGAGCUUGUGGGGUCUGGAUGUCUGGACUGCCAGCUGUCCCGGAGCAGGGGCUCCCGGAGCAGGGCGCGCCAGGUCCGCUGCACGCAGGCUUCGUGCUGGGACUGGACGUGGGCAGCUCUGUGAUCCGCUGCCACGUCUAUGACCGUGCGGCGCAGGUCCGCGGCUCCAGCGAGCAGAAGGUAGAAAGUCUUUAUCCUCAAACUGGAUGGGUUGAAAUUGAUCCUGAUGUCCUCUGGGUUCAAUUUGUUGCUGUAAUAAAAGAAGCUGUCAAAGCUGCAGGAAUAGAGAUGAAACAAAUUGUUGGUCUGGGCAUUUCAACGCAGAGAGCAACGUUUAUUACGUGGGACAAGAAAACAGGAAAUCAUUUUCACAACUUCAUAAGUUGGCAAGACCUAAGAGCUGCUGACCUUGUAAAAUCUUGGAAUAAUUCUCUUAUAAUUAAGCUUAUUCACAGUUCCUGCCGACUGCUUCAUUUUGUUACUAGAAGUAAACGACUUUUAGCAGCCAGUUUUUUCACUUUUACAACCCAGCAUGUUUCUUUGAGAUUGGCCUGGGUUUUACAGAAUAUGAUGGAGGUACGAAAAGCAGCUGAAGAAGAAAAUUGCUGUUUUGGCACUGUUGAUACUUGGUUGUUAUAUAAGCUCACAAAAGGUUCUGAAUAUGCCACAGAUUUUUCAAAUGCCAGUACAACUGGACUUUUUGACCCAUAUAAGAUGUGUUGGAGCGGGCUCAUUACUUCCUUGCUUUCGAUCCCACUCUCGCUCCUGCCUCCCCUGAGGGACACAAGUCACAAUUUUGGAACAGUGGAUGAAGAGAUAUUUGGUGUGCCUAUUCCAAUUGUGGCCUUGGUGGCCGACCAGCAGUCCGCCAUGUUUGGAGAGUGCUGCUUCCAUGCCGGAGAUGUGAAAUUGACCAUGGGAACCGGGACUUUUUUGGAUAUUAAUACUGGGAACCACCCUGAACAAACUAUUGGAGGUUUUUAUCCAUUGAUUGGGUGGAAGAUUGGACAAGAAAUUGUUUGCUUGGCUGAAGGCAAUGCAGGAGACACUGGAACCGCCAUAAAAUGGGCUCAACAGUUAAAUCUUUUUACAGAUGCUAAUGAGACUGAAAAAAUGGCCAAAAAUUUAGAAGAUGCUGAAGGAGUUUGUUUCGUCCCAUCUUUUAGUGGAUUGCAGGCUCCAAUGAAUGACCCCUGUGCGUGUGCCUCUUUUAUGGGUUUGAAGCCUUCCACCAGUAAAGACCAUCUCGUAAGAGCAAUAUUGGAGUCAUUAGCAUUCAGAAAUAAGCAGUUAUAUGACAUGAUGCAGAAAGAGAUCCGUAUCCCUAUAACAAAAAUCCGGGCAGAUGGAGGUGUCUGCAAAAACAACUUUGUCAUGCAGAUGACAUCAGACCUGAUUAACCAGAAGAUAGACAGACCAGCACACAUUGACAUGUCCUGCCAAGGUGCUGCUUCUCUGGCUGGCCUUGCUAUUGGGUUUUGGACUGACAAGGAGGAAUUAAAGAAGCUGAGGCAAAGUGAAAUGGUUUUCAAGCCACAGAAGAAAUGGCAAGAGUAUGAAAUGAGUAUGGAAAAUUGGGUGAAAGCAGUGAAGCGUUCCAUGAACUGGUAUACCAAGACAUGUCCUCGCUGCACCCCAGCAAGGGCAGAGGUCGGAGAUGGAAAUGGGAAGGUAGGGGCAGAAGAGAAACCCGAGAUCUCCACCCUCAUCUCCGGAGCGAGGGCGUAUCCCUAUAGGUUCGGCACCUCUUUGCAACCCCUCCCGCUCCAGGGAACUUCAAAGAAAUCUCCCAGACGCCGUGGGCGUGAGCAGGGCGCACGAGACCACACCCCUCACCUGAAGGCCACGCCCACAUUGUAG